CCCGGAGAGCCCGGCACAGCCCGGGGAUCCCGGCAGGGCGCAGCGCUGCCCGGACAGCCCCGCGCUCUGCGGGCGGCCGGUGACCCGGGGCGGGCGGGGGUCAGCCCGGCCUCCCGGGCAUCCGCCGGGGCGGGGGCGGCGGGGCUGGCCGCAGUCGCCGCUGUCCCCGCUGUCCCCGCUGUCCCCGCGGCGGAGCAGCUGCCGCCGCCGCUCAGCGCGAUGCCGCUGCAGCAGGGCUCUGCCCGGGCGCGGCAGCGCACCGUGCUCCUGGUGGGCAUCGCCGUCCUGCUGGCCGCCCUCGUCCUCGCCGUCGUGCUGGCCUCUCUCCUGACCCAUGGAAGGCACGAGAUCACCCCCCAAAUGCUGAAGUGGAAGGACAGGGGGACCACGAAGAACUUGCAAGAAGUUAUUCUGGGAAGAUGCUACAACUACAUCACGGCGCAGCACCCAGAGCUGGGAGAUAAGGAUUGUCUGAAAAUAUGGGAAUCAUUAAAAGAUGCGUUCAUUUACAAGAAUCCCUGUAAUAUCACACCAGAGGAUUACCAGCCUUUAAUGGAGCUAGCAAGCCAUCCCAUACCCUGCAACAAGUCAUUGUUCUGGAGCAAGACAGGUGACCUCGUUCAUCGUUAUACAAAAUCCAAUCAAAAUUUCCUUACCUUGGAGGACACCUUGUUGGGUUAUAUGGCUGAUAGAAUUUCAUGGUGUGGAGACCCCUCUGCCCCAGGAAUCAACUAUGAAUCUUGUCCAAAACGGAAUGAAUGUGAGAGCAAUCCUGGCUCUGUGUUCUGGAAAAUGGCAUCCAAGAUGUUUGCAGAAGCAGCCUGUGGUGUGGUUCAAGUGAUGCUCAAUGGAUCAGUAGAAGCUGGAGCUUUCAGAAGCAGCAGCAUUUUUGGAAGUAUUGAGAUCUUUAACCUGGAUCCAGAUAAAGUCACUGAAGUGCACAUUUGGCUUAUGCAAAACAUUGGUGGACCUCAAAGUGAAUCCUGCUCAGGUCAGUCCAUUCAGAGGUUAAUAAGCAUUUUAGAAGAACGAAACUUUAAGAUCAUCUGUGAAGACAAUUACAGGUACCUGGGCAGACUCCCUGAUACUCAAAACAGUGACCCUCAGACGUCAUCUUGCAUAAAAGUGCUCAGUAGAAAGAAUAGAAAAAUGAGAUCAGCAAGUGUUCAGGAGCACAGCCAAAAUUGCCUGAUGGAACCGCCAUGGAAAAAAUCUCACAAUUUCUUUCCUAUGGCCUAGUAAAAAUGCAACUGAUGUAAUUUAUAUUUACACCUUAAAUAUCUUAAAGGGUAGCUUAAAAAUGGGGGGUGGGGGGUGUUUCUUGAUGAAUCUAUAAAUUAGUCAAUAAAAGAGAGUGACAAUAAUGGUUUGCAGAGGACUGGGGAAACUCUGGGGGAAAACAUUUUCCCAUUCCUACUCUUCUAGGAAUAAUAAUCCAAUCAAUAGCUCUCCAUUGUAAUUAGACCUGGGACCUCUGCAGCUGAAUUCUGAACCCUCAGGGAAUGGACAAAAGGCCUCUUGUGUGAAGACAUCAGCAAAGUUACAUCAGCAAAGUGAUUUCUGUGGGUCAGACCCAGAGGGGUGUGAAACUCACUGCACAAUCAUUUGGAGCCCCUCUGGGAUGGGUGUUAGGCUUCCUGAUGAUGAGACCCUACACAGAGCACAACUUUGGGCUGUAAUAGGUACAUCCAGCCUUAGGUGACCAGAAGGAGCCAGCUUUCCUUCCCUACAGCAAGCUUUCAACAACAUCAGUUUGUGGUUACGUGCUUGGGUUACAGUCGGGAAACAUUAAGACUAAGAAGUGGUCUAGACAGAGGUAAAUUAUAGAAAUAAACACAACUGCAAUUCAGAUUACUCAUUCCCUGUGCUAAAAAUGCUACUAAAAAUAGGAAGCAGAAAGACAGUUACAGUCUCCACAUUUUUUUAUGUUCCAAAUUUUCUUGAGUAAUGUCAGACACUGCUGAUAGGUGAUAUGUUGGGCUGCUUCAUGUGAAGAAGUAAAAUAAUAAUACAUGUCUUGAUAAGUUUAAGCAGGUCCUGGUAUGUUUAAAUAUUUUUUCAUUAAUCAACUACAUUUUUGUUUGAGCUGUGGCUGCACUGAAUGUACUGUGUAGGCAGGGAUUAAUUUCUAUGGCUUCUAGGGACUUAUUAUGGGACAUUGGGCAAACAAUUUAAUCUUCAAAUUUGAGAUUUCCUUCCUGAAUGGGUGGCAUGAUAAGCUGAUAUUUUACAACUUUAAGAUUGUAAGGGUUAUCAUAAUGUCUGAACUGUUCUUAUGAAUGUUACAGUGUUUUAGUUUCAUCCUGUGUCAUGCCUCUGUUUCAUCCUCGAGUUGUGCUCUGGGUAGCACAGCUCGUGCGGAGCAGCCCUGGUCUCGUGCUCUCUGACAGCAUGAGCUAGUGAAGCACUUUGCAUCACAGGCUGGUCCACCAUCACUGAAAUGAAUUUAUCGUUUGCCUAUACAGGCCUGGCUGGACACAGCUCUGAGCUCUGGCCUAGUGAAAGGUGUCCCUGUCCGUGGCAUGGCAGCUGGAAUUAGAUGAUCAUUAAGUCACUUCCAAUUCAGGCCAUUCCAUGAUUCAUUCUGUGAUUAUACUCAGGUGUUAACAACUUCCUCUUGUAUCCUGUGUUAAAGAUAAUGUCUUCUGUGGGGAAGGGCAGCUUUUCCUCCUGACAGGAAUUCUUAAAAAUCCAGGCACUUCUGCUCUUUUCCUGGUGAAUUAGAGAAAUCAGCCUUUGUAAACAUUUCAGGAUGAUACAUUUGCUAGAAUCUGUAUCUUUUUUUUCUCCCUCUCCCAUUCUUUAUUAUUCUUUUAAUGCAAAGAUUUAUCUUCUAUUCCCUGUGGCCUGUUGACUGACACAGCUUGGCUGAAAUGCACUCCCUACUUUUACUGUGUUUAUCAGUAAUGAGUUGUAAUAAAAUGAUUACCAAAAGCAUUCACAAGUUUGCUGGGGCAAAGUUGAGAGGCCAUGUAAAACCAACCCAGUUUACAUGGUUCUCUACCAUGUAAACCCAACCCAGUUGCUAUAAUAAACAGCAGAAGUGGGUGGACAUUGAAGUUAAAAUACUUGGCUGCACGGAUGUUUCAAGGAACCUCUCUUUCAAAUAUGUCUUUCAACUGAUCUAUUUCACACAUUAUUUUUCAUAAUGUAACAUCAUGGCAUCAAUUAAUACAUUAUGGGAGGCAAGAUUUUUUUCAAAUUUACACCAGAAUACUCUCUUAUCAUUUGACCAUGGCUAAUUGAUUACAAAAUAACCUUUCCCUUUAAUUAUUAGCCCAAACAUUCUAGUUUAACAGAACUAUAACAAGUUGAUAUUUUUUCCAAUCCAGACCUUUUGUCAUUCUAUCCUCCUGAGAAAAAGAAUUCUAUACAGAAAUAUACCUUCAAGAACAAAUUAUAUGUAUCAAGCUUUACUAAUUAGCCUUCCUUAAAGCCUAAAAGAUUUCACCAGCAUCAACAUUUCUCUGUCUCAAUUUACCAGGAGAAAAACAGUAAUUCUGGGAAAUUUAGGACCUCUUUACCUAUGUCUGAGGUAUUUCCUGGUUUGAAUACUAAGUUGAAGAACAGAAAAUCGUGGAAACAUAGCUGUAGACCUGAUGAUGCUCUACAGUCACCUCUAACUUCCCAACCCUGCCUUGUGUUCUUCAAGUGUCCCGCAAGUGUUCCAUUUGGCCAUAACUCUACACAUUUUUCCUGUUUAUGCCAUUUUUACUCAGUUCUCCAGUAAAACAGAGAUGUCCAUGAGUAAGUUAAAUGGAAGGCACAGGACAUGGACUGUGAGAUAUGACUGAACUUUGAAGCCAAAAAGAGAUGAUCUACGUUUCAAAGAAAAGGAGGAAAAUCACUUAAUAUUUGAUGUCUUUUUGGUUUGGACUGUUUCUGUUCACAGUCUCCCAAUAUUGUCUCAAAGGAGCAGAAAUAAUUUCUUGGGAGAUGACUGAUUUUGAUCUUGGGAUGUGCAGCAUGACAAAUCAUGCCAGUUUAAAGGUAAUUGCUUUUUAAUUACAAUGUCAAAAAUUAUACAGUCCCACAGCAGAAACAUACCAGUGUGCCUCUAAAAUUGCCUUUCACUCUUUUCACUGACAUAAUCUUCAGUUAGUUCAGGAAAGGUUACUGUGGUCACAACUUGACAGGCUAAGCUUGAUGUAGUAAAUUAAAAAUGAAUAGGAAAUUGUUCAUAUAUCCCUGCCUGUGUGAUUUCCAGCAGCAGGUGAGCUGUAGUGAAUGUUAAAUCCUGGGCUGUCCCGUGAGCUCACAGGCACCUGCAGGUCAAUGAACCCACAGCACAGUCUGUUGCAAAAUAUCCCUACCCAGAGAUAAGAAUGUUGUGGUUACCUGAAUUCAGUUAAAACCCAGGGAUAUUCCAGUUAAUCAUUACUGAGCCAGAACCCAGCCUUUUGUGCAGCUUUGUCCCCAGUUCCGAGUCCAACCAGGAACCAGCCCAGCCCCACGCACGUGGAUGGAGCAGUCCUUCAAUGUCCUGGCUGUGCCCCAGCAGCCCAGUCCAUGGCCUGCCAGGAUUCCUGAUGAACACCUCUGCAAAGAGCAGUGCUGACAGAGGGAGACCACCCAGGGAAGGAGAACAUCAGCCAUUCCCUGGGCCUGCUCAAGCAGCUCAAACCUGAGGAGAGGAAACAAGAACCACUGCAGGGAAAAAGGCUCCCAGUGGCCGGAUAGGAGCCCUGCCACUAGAGACCCAGCAAUUCCCAGAAAAAAAGAGAUGUAGGACAAGCGAAGAAAUAUGAUGCAUCAUUGGCAGUGGUGAAUUUUCAUUCCCUGUGUGAUUGCCAGGAUUUUUGAUUGCCCAGAAAAGGCAGCACUUGGUAAAAAUGUUGUAAUCUCUGAGAGGUUUCACCAUACACUCUGCAACUGAAAGUGCAGCCAGAGGAGAAGGGGGCUAGCCAGCUUCCCUGACCACUUUCACACUUAGCAGCCAGCAAAGCC